UUUACUUUCUUUCAUUUUCAUCUUCUUCUCUAUAUUAUAUGCUGUUCCGCAGCCCUACAGUUGUGAAAAAAUGGCAAAAAUAUGCGCCUUUGUAUGUUUUUCGGUCCUAGUAAUGGAUGCUGCUGCUGGGAUUCUAGGCAUUGAAGCACAACUUGCCCUAAACAAGGUGAAACAUAGGAGGAUGUGGGUAUAUGAGUGCAAAGGGAGCUAUGAAGCUUUCAAGCUUGGAUUGCUUGCGUCUGUGCUGCUGGCUCUAGCCCACCUUGUAGCCAACGUGCUCGGUGGCUGCAUGUGCAUUUUCUUGGCAGAUCAGCUAGACAAAUCAAGAACUAAUAGGCAUUUAUCAUUUGCUUUCCUCAUUUUCUCAUGGAUUACAAUGGCGAUCGGGUUCCCCACAUUGAUCAUAGGGAUGUUAGAGAACUACAAAACAACAAGUUCAUGCGCCAUUUUACACCAUCCUUUCCUAUCCACCGGCGGGAUAUUAUGUUUCAUUCACAGCCUCUUCUGCCUCGGCUUUUAUAUUUCAGUCAUCACUGCACCUGGAAAAGGGAAGAUUGAUGCAAGCGAUCAGAAAGGCCUGGAUCUUUAAUGCUUUUUCAUGGAUUUUCUUACUAGUGAAGCAAGGUUGAUGAUGAUAUUUUCUUCCCGGUUUCUUUCUUUCUUUCUUUCUUUCCGGAUGAUACAAACAGACCUUAGUGUGAAAUGCAGCAUGAUAUCCCAUUCCCAUAUAAAUUUUUUGGUUUGAAGUAAAACAGGGAGUUGAUGAGAUUACAAAGGUGGUGAUCGUUUGAAGUGGCAUAUGAACAUCCCAUGCAUUGUAAAUUUUUUUUUGUAGUCCAAUUUUAUUUGUGCUGAGUUAAUUAACUAUAUGAGUUAUAUUCCAUAUUUGAA